ACACGUAUGCGGUUAGCUUUUGGGGCACUUUUUCCGGACUUGGUUAUAUGUUUAGUUAUUUUUGGACUGCUAACUGUAAACGUCCAGCGCGGUACACGUUUAUGUACACUAUACAGUGUCCCGUUCGCCGCUACCAUAAACAAACACGCAGCUUUCACGUCACCGGACCCGGGCUUUCCGGUCACGCAAGGUACCGUGGGAAGUGUAGUUCUCAUCAACUGUGUUGCCGAGUCACUUCCGGAACGAAUGGUAAACAGAAGAAAGGGGUAAACACUGAGAAGUCACAAGGUCAGAGCUUGUUUCAAGAUGUCUGAGCUUCACAUCUGCGUUCAGCUGGCAGACCAACCUCUGUCCCCCAAAUCCAUUGUGCAUCUUCCACGGCAGACCUCCACUGGUGGGCAUACAGUAUCGGCGGUUAAACAACUCAUUACUGCCACGAUGCCGGAGGCGCUUCCCGACCCAGAGCUAAUUGAUCUCAUUCACUGUGGACGACGUCUCAAAGAUGACCAGACUUUAGAAUUUUAUGGUGUCCAGUCAGGAAGUACAGUACAUAUACUGCGUAGAGCGUGGCCAGAACCCCCACCUAGACCUGAGCCAGUAGACAAAGUUGCAGCCGGCCGUGAGUUCCGUGCUCUACACACAGCUCUACACACUAGUUCUGCCUACCGUGACGCGGUGUUCAAGCUGCUUGGGAGCCGGGAGUCCUUGGAACAGAUAGUUGUGGCCACCCCAGGCCUAAGCUCUGACCCUGUGGCUAUGGGUGUUCUGCAAGAUAAAGAUCUGUUUACGGUUUUUACUGACCCCAGUAUGCUGGACACGUUAGUGGCUUCUCAUCCUGCUCUGGUUAAUGCAAUUAUAUUGAUUCUACAUUCAGUGAGUGGCUCCUCUGCUUUGCCACCAUCAGAUGGUGCAGCUCACACAGUCCCCCCUGCCACCCUGCACAUGCCAGGUGGCUUCCUGUUUGAUGGACUCUCUGAUGACGAUGAAGAUUUUCCUCAGGCCUCCCGAUCUGGCCCCUCCAGUAGCACUUCUGGGACUCGCCCAGCUUCUCUUGGCUAUACUGGUGCAGCAGGUCCUCGUCCCAUCACACAGAGCGAGCUGGCCACAGCACUUGCACUUGCAAGUACCCCUGAGAGUAGCUCUCACACUCCCACUCCCGGAACGCAGGGUCACUCAUCUGGAACAUCCCCAAUGUCAUCCAGUGUCCAGUCAGGAACACCAAUCACCAAUGAUUUGUUCAGUCAAGCCCUCCAGCAUGCACUACAAGCAUCAAGCCAAACAUCACUGCAGACUCAAUGGCAGCCGCAGCUCCAGCAGCUGCGUGACAUGGGCAUCCGCGAUGAAGACCUCAGCUUAAGGGCCUUACAGGCUACCGGAGGAGAUAUACAAGCCGCCCUGGAACUCAUCUUUGCUGGUGGCGCCCUCUAAACUAAUUUAGAAUUAUUUAUAAAACUCUUACGUUACAAAAUCUUCAGUGCAUCCAACAGAGGGGGCUGGAUGGGAAGUAGGAAACUGGUCUGUGUGUACAUUCCUGGCUCUAAUUCUAUUUAUUAUGAUUACUUUAGAUAAAGAGUAUUUCCCAGUUAAAACUCAAGCAGUCCUGUACAAGGACAUCUCAUAAUGGACAUUGUUCUGUUACCUUCAGUUUUGAAUAUGUAUUUUAUGUGUCUGCUGCACCAUAUCUGCAUAUGCAAAUAAUCAUCAUCCUUUCGGUUGUGUAAA